AUGGAGAAAUCGGUUCAGCAAGACGUACCACUACCUCCUACGAUACCAUCUUCGGUUGUUGUAAGAUCACAAUCACCGCCGGCAUCGAUUCAUCAUUCCAUUGUCUCCGACUAUUCUACCUCAGAUCAUAGCAGAUAUUACACACCCAGUAAGAAAGAGAUUGAGCGCUUGGGACGUGUUAGGCCGGAAUGCUUCAAAUCGGCUUGGUCAGAGAUAGGAUUCGUCCUAUCAAUCUGCAUGAGCCAAAUAUUGACUGAAUACUUCGUCUCCGGAUUCAACCUCCUCGUGCCCUCUGUAGUGGACGCCUUCGAUAUUCCCGCAACCUCAGCAACCUGGCCAGCUCGCGGGGUGGCAAAGAAUGAGUUGAUGUUGGACCUGGCAAGAGCGCUGGCGGGGCUGGGGCCUGCGGCGUUUCUGCCGAGUAGCGUUAUGCUGAUGGGAUGUGUUUAUCGGCCGGGGCCUAGGAAGAAUUUGGUAUUUUCCUUCUACGGCGCCUGCGCACCACUUGGAUUCUUCUUUGGGAUCUUCUUUGCUGGCGUUUCUGCUCAAUAUUCUUCAUGGCGCAGCUACUUCUUCAUCGGGGCCAUAUUUGCCGCAAUCUCUUUUGUGCUCGCCUGGGUUUCCGUCCCCUCUGAUAGGGACGAGCGCAGUGCCUUUAAGAUCAAGAUGGACUGGCCCGGAACUAUCCUCAUCGUGUCGGGACUUAUCCUCGUCGUCUACGCCAUCACCGACUCCUCGCGCGCUCCCCAGGGUUGGAGGUCACCAAACAUCUUGGUCACCUUUGUAGCCGGAGUCUGCAUGCUCCUCGGCGCCGUGUAUGUUGAGGGUUGGGUAGCUGAGCAGCCGCUCCUGCCGAGCCAUAUCUGGAGAGUGACCAUGUUCCCGGCCGUUGUGGCUGCAAUGUUUAUGCAGUAUGGCGGUCUAGGAAUCUUUCUCCUCUACUCCACAUUCUACGUGGACGGAGUCAUGGGCGCUGGUCCCCUCCAAAUCGUCGCCUGGUUCACCCCCCUCUUCGUUGGUGGCAUGAUCAUUGCUACAGUCGGUGGCUUUGUCCUCCACAUCAUCUCCGGAACCAUAUUAAUGAUCACUGCCGGCGUCGCCUGGGUAAUCGCGCCUCUCCUAUUCGCCAUCAUGCCCGAGGGCGCGAGCUACUGGGCUUUCGUCUUCCCCGCCAUGAUCAUGGCAACCAUUGGUAUCGAUAUCAGCUUCAACAUCACAAAUAUCUUCAUCACCACUGGUUUGCCGAAGCGACACCAGGGUCUUGCUGGUGCAAUAAUCAACUCGAAUAUGCAUCUGAGUAUCGCCUUUUUCCUUGGUUUUGCGGAGAUCAUCUCGGCGAAAACACAUGGUCAGGGAAUCAGAAUCAGUUACAAGGCGGUGUUCUGGUUUGAGAUUGCGCUGGCGCUUGUCGCGUUGGUGAUCAUGGUGAUAUGGGUUAGGGUUAGUAAGGCGAAAUGUGAUUUGACAGCGGACGAAAAGGAGAGGGAGAGGGAGAUGAGCAGGUCGAGAGGAUCUGAGGAUUAG